ACUGGACCCCCUAAAACAGCAUCUGCCGUUUACAAAUGAGGCCAGAAAAAACGUCCGACGCUCGACCCGCUCCAGGAAUGCAAAAGGUGAAUCCCACUCUUCUCUUCCUGAAGCCGCUCUGCAAGUCCUUGAAGGAUCCAGCGAGGAACAAAAGAAGGAGGACAGCGAGAAACCAGGAGGUGACAUCAACACGGACUCUGUGGUUCUUUCAGAGUUUAAAGAAGAUGGAGUGAAGGCAGAGGAGGCUGCUCUCAGUCCGGCCUCCUCAGAAACAGAAACCAAGCCGAGCGAAGAUCUUCCUACGAUCACCACGGAUGUUUUCCAGGUUCUCACGGCAGCCGUCCGUAACCAACAACUCAGCCGGGCCUGCCGCUCCCAGAGCGAGGAGAAGAAGAGCCACAGCAAAAGCAGAGGAACUUCUGGACAUGAAUCGGAUGGCAAAGCACCACGGAGAGAGGAUUAUUUAACCAGUGACAUUCCUGCGUCAGACUGCGAUGGUUUUGAUGAGGAUAAUUUGGACAUAGAUGAGUUUGUGACGGUGGAUGAAGUCCGCGACGAUGACACUCCAUCUUCCAGUCACCGAACUCACGGCUCCUCCUCCUCCAGGACGUCUUCGAGAGCCAGGAGAGAGAGGCACAGCUCCGCCGACAGACACUCUUCAUCGCGGUAUUCAAAAGACGGCAAAAGAUCUGCCAUUUCCUCCUCUUCGUCAUCCAGGUCGACGAGAGGCCCAAGCUCUUAUCGCUCCGAGUCACCGAAAAAGUCAAAACAAUCCUCAUCAGAGCCCACUAAAUCUCCCACUAAAUCCUCUGCCAGUUCCAGUAAGACCUCCCCUUCUUCCCCUGGUCAGAAAACGCAACGGAGCAAAACUAAAUCUCCAUCCAAAGCAUCAGAAACCGCGUCAUCUGGCUCCCGUUCAUCUGCAGCAACUGUCGAGGCUUCAAAGGAGACUCAUUCAGAGAGAGAGGUGGCGAAAGACAAUCGGAGCGCAGUGGCAACGUCCGACCACAAGGUGUCAGCAGAGGACGUUCCUGCAAAAACUGUUGAGUCAGAGACAGAAAUGGAAACAUCAUCAGAGAUGCGUCCACCUCUGCGGGAACAAGGGUUAGAGUCAAGCGCAGAGGUGGAGGAGGAUAAGAAAAGCAAGGAGGGUGGGGAACAAGAUGGUAGAUCCGAAGCCAAACCGACUGACCCCGAGGGAGAGAAGGAGCAGAGCUUUCAGGUUCUGGACACAUUUGGAGAUGAAGGCAAAGCCCGCGCACAGGGAAUGGAAGUGACCGAAGACCAAACGGCUACAGGUGAACAAGAAAGCUCCACCGUAGAGAAACUGUGCGAGGACGACAAAUCUGACAAAUCUAUUAAAGAUCAAGAAGCUAAUAAUGUAAAUACAGGAAGUGAAGAAGCUUCUGUGCAAAUGGGAGAAGAGAUGAAGAGUAAAGAAGUCCACACCCUUCCUGACAAAGAUCUUGAAAGCGGAGAUGCUGGAUUGGAAACCUUUGAGAUUUUAGACUCUAUAGGCGAUCAGACGGCGACAGAAGAUCUGGAAACCCCCGGUGAUCUGAUGCCUAAAGAAGAAAUGGAGUCCGUGGAGGAGGAGGAAGCGACGUAUCGGGUGAUUGAUUCUGUUGAAGAUCAGCCGACGGACAACACGGGGAGAAGAAACGGGAGAGGGGAGGCGAGGAAAGACGAUAAAGCAUCGACGAAGAGUGUUCCCUCAACCAAAGACGCCAUCGCGGAGGACGUUGUGUAUGAGAUAAUCGAUUCGGUUGAACAUAAACCAGUUCAAGAUGUCGCCGCCGGCUCAGAACAAUCUGGUAGAAGACGGAGUGCAAGAGGAAAGAAGGAGACAGAAGUGUCUGAGGAGACUACGUACGAGGUCAUAGACUCCGUGGAGGAUGCCGGCGAUGAACCGACAGCAACUCGAUCUACCAGAGGAACGAGAGGAAGAUCGGCUAAGAGAGACACGCCAGCAAGGAAGAGGAACCCUAGCACACCACCGAAGAAGAGUAACGUGGCUGUAGGAGAGGAUGCUACCUUAGCAGAAGAGAAGGAAGAGGUUGCUAAGGACGAACCGCCCGCUACAAAACCAAAAGGAAAACGAGGAAGACCAAAGAAAAUGACUAAAGCGAUGAAGAAAGCCGAGAAAGAGGCAGCUGCUGAAGAAACAACGACGACGUACCAGAUCCUCGAUUCUGUGGAGGACGAGACGAUAGACGAGACGUGUGAAAACAACGAGAAACAAACAGAGGAAAGACCAUCCAAAGACGAGGAGGAGGAGGAGCCUAUGUAUCAGAUCGUGGAUUCUCUGGAAGAAACGGCUGAAAAAGUGGAGGAGAAUCCAACGACUGAAUCCCAGAGUGAUGCCGCUACAUUUGAAAAGACUAAUGAAGAAGACCCCCCGGAGAAAGACAUAACGGGUCUGGACGAGGUGAGCGAUGAGGAGGAGGAUUACCCCGACGACCACGCCGAGGAGGAAGAGCUGAGGAGGCGACAUGUGGCCGCCAAAGAGAGGCAGAUCUCAAAGGAGAAGGAGGAGAGGAGGAGCAAGGAGAAGGAGGAGAGGAGGAGCAAGGAGAGAGAGGAGAGGAGGAGCAAGGAGAGAGAGGAGAGGAGGAGCGAGGAGAGGAGGAGCAAGGAGAGGGAGGAAAGGAGGAGCAAGGAGAGGAGGAGAGAGGAGAGGGAGGAGAGAGAGAGGAGGAGCCAUAGCAACAGCAGCAGAGGAGGAGGAGGAAGAGCGAGGAGGACGAAGGAGGAGGAAGAGCUGGUGACUCUGGAUGAGGUGGGAGCAGAUGAGGUGGGCGAGGGAGAGCUGCAGGCACUCGUCACUCUGGAUGAGUUCGUAGAGGAGGUGGAGCCAAACACACCAGAGACCCCGCCCACUGCGCCAGGAGGACCAAUCAGAAGACUUCUUAAAGCCAGAGACGUCGGUGACUUUAGACGAAGCUGUCGACAACGAUGAUGAGGAGAAGCAGGAGGAAGAUGCGUCCAUUCCUGCCAAACGCAAACAUGAUGACGACCCAGAGGAAAGUGCAAACUUCGUGACGGUAGACGAGGUGGGGGAGGAGGAAGAGGAGGAGAAGGAGGCGAUUAAAACCAAGACAAGAACACCAGCCAAGAAGAGAGCCAGACAAACCCCCGUCACAGUAUUUCCAGGGAAGCUGACUCCUGGACCCAGCAAACCUGUGCAGCAUGAAUCAGCGGCUGAGUCACCUGUACCCCUGCCAGCGGAGGCUGAAGUUCCUUCCAGUUCUGUGGGACAGACUGCGUUUCUACACACUAAACCACUCAGAUUGCAGUGGAUUUCCCAACAAGGACGACGACUACCUGAUAACGGCAUGGCCGAUUCAGGUAUCUGGCCUUUCGUUUGGAGGUGUCGUCCAGGAAAGAACAGCAACCCCGCCAUGGUCCUGGUCAAGGAUUUACAACAGGUUGCAACAUGGAUAGUGGAGUCUACGUUGAAACAAGUGAACGGCCCACCGUCCUUGCAGAUAUCAGGCAGAGUGGGAGUACUCACACACAUCUACCAUCAUCAUGACGGCCCAUGGGCUCUUUUUACUCUGGUGCCUGACCUCUGUGACAACAUUCCAGUGAGCUACUAUAUUUUCGGUGAACACUAGUUUGGAUUCAGUGGAGAAAAUCCUUAUUCCACAUACUGAAGAACUUUUCAUGUUAUUGAUGCUUGAAGUUUUUCGUAUGUAUGCAUUUUUACAAUUGUAUCUGUUUUUGAUAACUUUGCGUUUUAAAAAGAGGGUGUUGAGAUCUCCAUAUUAGGUUGAAUAAUUAAAACGAAAGUUAGUUAUAAUCAAAUAUAAUCAAUUAUAUUCUUGUAUAACCCAAAAUGAAAAUGCUUCAUAUUUUAUGAUUUUCUAUAUUUACAGUAUAAACAAAACACAAGUGGUUUGUUAAGUUGAGUGUGUGAGGCCUAUUAUGGUUUAUGGGUGUCACUGAUAAGAGAGAGGAGACAGUUUCUUCUCUCUUCCCUCACAGCAGUACACAGGGAGGGGGGCUCCUGACUUUUUGGAGAAAUACUAAGGCCCCAAAAAGUUGUUUAUGCCGUAGUCGAGAAUAAUAUUUUCCAGUCCUGCACACUAGAGGUCAUGCCCUUUUUACACAAACAUGGGAAGGUGAGUCUUAUGCCAUAGCCAUAGAAUAUGUCUGGUCAUGUCCAGUCCUGUACAUCAGAGGCCAUGCCCAGUUUCCACAAAUAUGUGUAUGGAGGAGGUGUCUUUGGGUUUUUCUGUCCUGUUUCGAGCAUAAAAACACUAGCUGAGAGGGAGCAAACUCGAGAGAGGGGGGUUUUCCCCCUGGUAGCUCUCUCCUGGUACGCUCUCGCCUCGGUAAGGUUCUCUCCAACUUGGUAAAUAUCACUCAAAUGUAUUUGUUGAACGCUGUUAGAUUCCACUGACCAUUUACGAGGAACUGCCUCUGAAUGCUGUCGGACUCUAGGUGUGAAUGUAUAGCACCUUCGAUCCGUGAGGGGAUUCCUUUGGAUUAUGUCGGAAGACUUUAAUGUCUUAAUUAAAUCGGGUUUAUUGAAUGCUGAGUAAUUUGUUGAAUGAAACUUUGAAUUUGCUUUUUAUUAUCACCGGUCAUUUAUGAGGAGAUGCCUCUAAAUUCUGUCGGACGAUUUUAAAAGUCACAACUGAAUUGGGCAGUUGAAGUUACUAUUUAGUGUAAUAAAUGUAAAACUGUGAAUUGAGGUUUCAUAUUAGAACAUGACCACCGCAUGAUAUGUUUUGUAGGAUUGUCAUGUUGUAACGAGAGAAGGUAGAAACCCUGUAUAAGUGUAGACCAAUUUUACUUCAAAUAAACUGAUCCCACCAUUUGGAUUGGGACAACUUAAAAGACA